AUGGAUAAUGAAAACCAGCUAUAUGAUCGAAUAAACGACCACUUACUGCAUGAAUUUGUGGAAUUUUGCUAUAGAUUAACAUCUGCACUGUUGAAUGAUCAGAAGGGUAUUGAGCUCGAUGCCUUUGAGAAGGAACACUUACCAGUAUUUCUUGACUUCAUUAAAGAUAGCGAUAUUCGAACGCUGGUGAUCUACUUCACUUGUGAUAAUUGCCUAAACAUAUCACAUCAUAUCCUGGAUAACAACAGCAGGGAAAAAAUCGGAAACGAUAAUAAUGUCAUAUUGAUCAUUAAAAAUAGCCCCACCGUGAACGCUAAAGAACCCAUAAACACUCAACUAUCGAUAUUGAAUAUACCACAAAAAACUGAUCUCGGUGCACUUAAUGCGCUCGUAAAUUCCGGUGUGACGUCUAUGUUCGAAACCCUUGUGCAGAAUGACACAUCUUUCGAGAAGAAGACGGCUACUGUGAAUUUGGCUCGAUCAAGAAUAGGCGACUUGUCAGCAUCCUUGCAUAACCUGCAGAAAAUCAUAACUGUACCUAAUUUACGUGAUUCAGCCCAUCCAAUGAUUAGAGACAUAGUAGAGAAGGGAGCUAAUGAGAACAACUACAGAGAAUUUUUGUCGGAUGGAGAACUCUCAGACUCUAAUUUCCUAAAUUCAUUGCAAAAGACCGCAAACAAAUGGAUUAAGCUUGCACAGUCGACAAGUAGACUAACACGGAGCAUCGACGAUGGACCCAUCGCUGAUGAAGUGACUUUCUGGAUAAAUUUAGGACACUGUCUCAAGGUUUUGGAAGAACAAAUGCGCUCCACGGAAGUUCAAAUUACUUUAUCAAUACUAACAUCUGCCAAACGAUUUCAUGUUGCUGUAAGCUUCCUUUCAGACACUGGAAUUUCAGAUCGACUAGAAGAAAUCAAUAGUUACAAUCACUUCGUGAAAGACUUUCCUGUCAACGCGCUUGAACUAGCAUCCACUUUCUCAGAUCUAUGCGCCGUGGUUAAUAAGAUGUCAUUUGAAUUUAGAAAGCUGCGACAUUCUUCAUACCCACUUUCUCGUUUGUCAAGAUUCGUUGAAAUAGUCUCGAAGGUAAUUGAUGGCAAAAUUAAAGAUCUAGCACCUGAAAUAAUGAAGUGUACCUAUGAUUCAUUCAAAGAGACUAUGGUGUCUAUCGAUUCAGUAUUAGAUGCCUGGGAAACUGCAAUGAAAGACUUAAAUAUGCUUAUUAGAGAGAUCUCCAGGAAAAGGUCAGAGAAAAUGGUUUCUUCGAAGUUAACUCUAGAAACCGACUGCCUGAGAGAAACUUUAGCGACAAUAUCAAUCUUCAGGAAAACACAUGAAGAUUUUGUAAGAUCCCUGAAAAUAAUGAAGAUGGACAGCUUUGAAAGUGAUAUUGACUACUUGUAUGAACCGAUGGGCCGUAUAGAUCCUUUACGCAUCCAGACGUCAAAAUUUAAAGAAGUUCAGAGUUCUUAUGCUCAAAGACUUAGUCUUAUAGAGAAUAAAAUUUUGAAUCAGCUUCAAGAGGAGCUAGAGAUCUGUAAAACUGCUAAGGCAAUGUUCGGUGUUUUUGGGAGAUACAGGCCCGUCAUAACAAGACCAAGCAUAAAGGCUGGUAUUAGAGAAUUUCGAAAUAUUCUAGUGAGCGCUGUUCAAAAUGAGUUAAUAAGCUUUAAAGAAAGACUUCAAAACCAUGAACUCGAUAUCGAAGUUUCUCGUCUUAAAGAUUUGCCACCGAUUUCCGCCACCGUGAUUUGGGCAAGGCAAAUGCAAAGAAAAAUUCAUAGUGUUCUCAGUAAGCUUGACUUAAUUUUGGGAGCCGAAUGGGAGAAUUCUACCGAAGGAAUAAAGAUAAAUGCAGAAUGCAACAUUUUAUUAAAAAAAUUAGACGAAAAGAGAAUCAUAGACUCCUGGAUUAAAAAUUUGUCAUCCCAAGGAUCAAUUCUAGAUCAAUCUGUUCUCAAGAUAACAAAGACCGUUAAGGGCUACGCUGUUUCAGUUAACUUUGAUGUUUCUCUAGGUUUGGCCUUCAAAGAAUCGAGAAACUUGCUCUGGAUGGGGUUUACUCUUAAUCCAACUAUUAUGAAAAUUUCACGUACAAUCAGAAAUUUGUAUCCACACGCAAUAGAGUUGAGUGAACUGCUACAAACUUUUAUGUCUCUCUCCCUUGAACUCGAUGGGCUUGUAUUUUCGAAGUACCUGCUAAAAAUUGAGCUUGUUGAAACUUGGCAAUGUAUUGGUGAUGCUUUAAAUUAUACAUGGAAUGACGUAUUGAAUAUGGAAAGGCAUCGCGUUGCGCGCAUAAUAGAUUUUCCCGAUGCUUUUGACUCUCCAAUAUAUCAUGUCAAGGAGCACAUCAAUCGACUUGUGAGUCUUGUUCAGCAGCUUAAACCUGUGGAGGCAGAGCUAAAUUUGAAACUUGAAGAGCUAAGAAGUAAAAGUUUUAGUUUUAACCAGCUGAGCGAUGGUAUAAACGAAAUCCAGAAAAUAGUUGAACGCAUUGAGCUCAUUGGUUGUGAGGAUAUGGAUGCCUUUGUCCAAUCAAUUAACAAUCGCGUCGAGGAUAUUUUGUUUUCUCUCACCAUUGAGUAUUUAAUAGGAGAUAAUUUACCUAUUAAAGUUCACACGAUUUCGAUCAAAAAUGGGGUUAUUUUUCUUUCACCAUCACUUGAGGAAACGAAGUCAACAUGGGUAAAUUUCGUUCAACAAGUGAUUUUGACAGUAAUUCAUCAGAAGCUUGUUUUUUCCAGCUCUAGCGUCAUAUGGGAACCGCUGUCUCAGACCCAGACUUAUGGUCGGUCUCUUGCACACCGUCUCAAACAUGCCGUGAAUGCCUCGUUCAAAACAUAUGAAAGUAACUACAGAGAGAGCAAGAAGUAUUUCAAGUGCUGGCAAAAUUUUGGUGCCUUAUGGAAUCUAACUGAGGCCAAGCUCUCAUCAUUUGUUAAUGGAAAUCUCAAAAGAAGUUUACAGCUUCACAAUACUUUCUUGGAAUCAAAACGUAGGUUUCAGUCGAUGACUAGCACUUCCACCAGUACAAUGCAUAUGAUUUUCCACUAUAAUGAGGCACAACUUGUCGUUUCUGAUAAAUUCCACAAAUGGGAAGGUUGGAUUAAUUCGAACUUGUUAAAUCUUUAUGGUGAAACGUCACUCCAAUUACAUAAUGACUUGGAUCAAUCCCGAUUAUUCCUGGAAGAAAACCCCCUUGAUCUUACUUCUCUUCAAAAGAUAUCACAUUUGAUGGUGUUUAUUUCGAGAAUGAACGAGUCAUUUGAUGAAAAAACGAUAAUACUGAACCUUCUAAAAGAUUGCCGAAGGGCAAUUCACACAUCUCGUAUAAUAAUACCAACCGACUUCACUCACUAUGAGCAGUUAGAGUCAGACUUAAAGGCUCUGAGGAAGAUAACAUCAAUAAGGGAGUCCUCCAUACAUGAAAAUGAAAAAUUCAUUGCCUCACGUAUAGAGGCAGAAACUCUGAGGAUAGAGACAAGUACGGUUUCUCUGAAGAAAGCCUGGGAAAAUGAGAAACUCCUCUUCGCUAGCACUACUCCAAAUGAUGCCUUGACCCGUCUGAAACAUUAUGGUGAAUCGAUAAGCACUCUGAAUGAUGCGCUUACGAUUAUUGAACAGAUACUCAAGAAUAUUUCUAUACCCUACAAAUCAAGCAAUGGACUAGCACAACUUUCAGAGGAGGUCAAUGAUUAUAGCAGGGUUUGGUUGUCUAUUGAAAGACUGUGGAACUCUUCAGAGAGUAUUUUAUCGAAAACUUGGUCAACCAUUAAUAUUUCUGAAGUCGAAAAUGAAGCGAAAUCUUUACUACAGGAGUCAGAAAGUCGCGGUUCAAGUGAUAUUCAAUAUGGGAUGUUUCAAAAUAUUGUAGAUUCAACAAAAAAUCUAAUAUCCUGUGCCCCGCUUCUUUUCGAGCUUGAAGAGUGUAACAUUGAAUAUCGACAUUGGCGGUUUCUUUUCCAAACCUUGAGUGACCUCGAUUUGUCAGAUGAUGCUAUAGAAAAUCAAAACUUCACUUUGAGAGAUGUAUUAACUUUGAAUCUUUUACUUAAUGAACAGUACAUUCACGAUAUAGUGAGACGUGCCAAAAGUGAACAAGUGAUCAGCCAAUCAAUUGAAACAAUACAAAAUUACUGGAAGCAAUCUGAAUUUACGACAUUCAAGCACAAAAGUGGACUCACGAUAAUUAAGAAUUGGGCUCAUUUAUUUGAAAGAUGCAACGAAGAUCUAGAAAUUCUGGAAAGUAUGAAGGCGUCUCCUUAUUUCAAGAUUUUCGAACAGGACGCGCUUGAAAUAGAAACUAAACUCUCGGCAUUGAACGACCUUUUCACUUCGUUAGUUGAGGCACAGAAGCUUUGGAUGUACAUGUAUGAGGUACUCGGAGAGAAUGAUUCCAUAAAAUCAGUUUUGCAAGCUGAAUCAAUUAAGUUUAAUAGCAUAACUGCUAAUUUUAAGACUGUACUUGAUGAAAUUCUCAAAGUUAACGCCGUUUUAGAUAUUCUGCAUCAGAGUAACUGCAUGAUUUCUUUAAAAAGAAUUACAGAAUCGCUAAACAACGUUGGGCGUGCCUUGAAUGACUAUCUAGAACUACAAAGAAAGCUUUUCCCUCGUUUCUAUUUUGUAGGGAAUGAUGACUUACUCCAGAUCAUUGGUGCAGGGACUGAUCUCAGAUUACUUUCAAAUUUACUUGAAAAAUUGUUUUCAGGUGUUUCACAGGUAGAGUAUCACGAAAACACUAUCUUAGGUGUAUUUUCCUCCGAGGGUGAAUCACUUACAUUCGAAAAGCCGAUUGAAAUUACUUCAUCAACUCUAUUGCAUGGGUGGAUGUCUCAGUUGGAUCUCGAGAUUAAACUGACGCUUUCAGCUUCUGUUGAACAAUGCAUCAAAGAAAACGGGUGGGCGAACGAAAAAAAAAUCCCAUUUAUUCUAAAAAAGUAUACAUACCAGGUGCUACUUCUUUCUUUACAAAUAUUUUGGAGCGAAGAAGUCAAAUGUUGUAUUAAAAAUUCCUCAUUUGAAAAGAUUGAACUUCAGUUUACACGCAUUGUCAAUUGUCUUUUGACACUUCUUGAAUUGCAAGAACUUGAACAUGAGCGAAGAAAAGUUGAAAAUCUUAUCAUUGAAGGGAUUCAUAUGUGCGACGUUGUUCACAAUUUGAGAAAUGCUGCUGAUUGGCAUAUUGCCGAAUGUAUAUGGGACAAAACACAGAAGUUCAAUUAUGACUCGGCGGAGGAGGACCCUUUAAAAAAAAUCAGCAUAGAACUAGCGGGCCAUUCAUUCCAUCACGGCUUGGAAUACAUCGGGGUCCCUGAAAGAAUCAUAUACACACCACUUAUGGAAAACUGCUGCGUCUCUAUGAUACAUGCCUUGAGCCAACAUCUGGGUGGCUCACCUUUUGGACCUGCAGGGACAGGCAAAACCGAAACAAUCAAAGCUCUCGGACAGAAUUUUGGGCGGAUGGUCAUCGUAUUGAAUUGUGAUGACUCUUUUGACUUUCAAUCGAUGGGCCGACUUUUGUUUGGAAUUGCACAAAUAGGAGCUUGGAGCUGUUUUGAUGAAUUCAAUAGGCUCGAAGAAAACAUAUUAAGUGCAGUAUCGACGCAGAUAGAAUUGAUACAAAAGGCACUUAUCAAUGAGCAACCAGUAAUCGAAAUGCUAGGGAAAAAGGGCAAUCUUAAUAGGAACACUGGUUUAUUUGUUACAAUGAAUCGCGGUUAUGAUGGAAGAUCAGAACUACCUGAAAAUUUAAAAAAGAAAUUUAGAGAGUUUAAUAUGAAGAAACCCAACAAAGCUGUAAUUACUGAUGUUUUGUUGCGUAUAUUGAGAUUGCCAGAUUCAUCUCUUAUGGCUGAAAGAGUUGUAAAACUUUUCAAAUGUCUAGAGGAGCGCUGUAGUAAUCAAAAACAUUAUGAUUUUGGAUUAAGGGCCUUGAAAGGCGUUUUAAAAAACUGCAGAACACUUUUGAAGGAAGACGCAGAAAUUUCGAAUAAUGAUAAUGUUCUCAUUAGAAGUUUAUGCCACAUGGUUCUUCCUAAGUUGACAACAGAAGAUGAAGAAAUAUUUUAUCAUCUCAUUUCCGAUACAUUUGGCGUAUCAACAAAUGAUGACAUUGGGACACUUUGGAUAAAUCGAAUAAAUGCCGUUUGCUCAGAGCAUAAUUUAACACCCACCUCAAGUUUUUUAAAGAAAUGCGUUCAGUUCUAUUAUGUCCAAAGAACGCAGCAAGCCAUUAUAUUAGUUGGCGAGGCAGGAUUUGGAAAAACAUCUGUCUGGAGAACAAUGAUAGAUGCUAUGAAAGCAGCAGAUGCGAUUGAGAACGCUGUUUUUGUGAUCGACUCUAAAGUUUUGACAAAGGAACAACUUUAUGGAAAUCUAGACCCAAUAACAUUUGAAUGGACUGAUGGGCUUUUCACUGCAAUAAUUCGCAAAAUUAAUAUUAAUUCCAUGGGAACCUACGAUCAGAUGCGUAUUUGGGUUGUAUUUGAUAGUGAAUUAGAUCCAAAUUAUGCCGAAACAUUGAAUAGUGCCUUGGACGAUAACAAACUGUUAACACUUCCUAACGGUGAACGUUUGAAAAUACCCUCAAACUUGCACAUUAUUUUUGAGGUACAAAGCCUUAAAUAUACUACCCCCGCUACCAUUAGUAGGUGUGGUAUGAUUUUUUUCGGCGAAGCAUUAUAUUCAUAUGAAGAACUGCUCACCUUUCUUCUAAAAGAAGAAAUCAAUAAAAUGAGAUUGUAUGCCACUUUUACUUCAGGACAUUUGCACAAUUUUGAGAAAAUCGUUGAAACCACAUUAAUAAAUGGCUCUCUCUCAUCAUUGGUUGACGAAGCUUCGAAUUUAUCACACAUAAGUGAUUUUGAUAUUGGCAGAGUCUUGAGGACGUUUGUGAAGCUGAUAUGCGUUCAGGUUUGUGAAUACAACCAAAAAAAUGAAAGCAAUUGUGACUUUCAAGUGUUUGUAAGAAAACAAAUUUGUAUAACCUUACUAUGGUCCAUGGCUGGUGACUGUGCAGCAGAGGAUAGACUAAAAAUUGGCAAGGUUAUUUUAAAACUGCUUAAUGAAGAUGAACCUCUGUUAGUUGAGGGACUUCCGCUAGAUGAAUUCAUGAUAUCAAUAGAAGACAACAGCUGGAUUUCAUUAAGUUCGACUGUUUCCCCUAUGUCUCUAGAACCCCAGGAGGUUCUGUUACCCCACAUCAUAAUUCCCACCAUCGACACUGCAAAGCAUGAAUCUCUUUUCUUUCAAUUACUGGAAUCCAAUCAACCUUUCAUUUUGUGUGGACCUCCCGGGUCUGGUAAAACGAUGUCACUUUUUAAUGCCCUAAAAACGUCUAACAAGUUUGAGGUUAUUGGCUUGACAUUUUCAAAAGAAAUGUCGGUGAGAUCAUUUUUGAAAACAUUAACGCAACACACCGUAUGCUCUAAAAACUUUCAAGGAACUGUUAUGAAACCCAAAUUGUUAGGUAAAGAAUUGGUGAUUUUCUGUGACGAAAUAAAUUUGCCCGAGUUAGACAAAUACGGUUCCCAGCCGCUUAUUUUACUUCUUCGACAGCUAAUAGAAAAAAAUGGCUUUUGGGAUACAAAUGGAAAAACUUGGAUUUCGGUAGAGGGGAUCCACAUCGUGGGUGCUUGUAACCCUUCUGAUAACAAUUCAAGAAUUCAAAUGACCAAAAGGUUUACAAGGCACACCACAAUAAUUAUGGUUGACUAUCCCGGUAAAUCAUCUUUAACUCACAUUUACACUACGUUUUUCAAAGCACUGUUCAAAUUGGUACCGAAUUUUAGAGAUUUUUGUGGUGAUUUUGCAAAUGCAUCAAUUGACAUUUACUACAAAUGUCAGGAAAGAUUUUCAAACCGGGACCAUUACAUUUUCUCUCCCCGAGAAUUGACCAGAUGGGUAAAAGGCAUGUACAAUAUUUUGAUUGACUCUUCUCAAAUGUCGUUCAUUCAACUAAUUGAAUGCUGGAUUUAUGAAGCUUCGCGUAUCUUUUCUGAUCGAUUAGUUGAAGACUCCGAGAAGGCUGAAUUUCGAUGCCUUCUUAUUUCGGUGAUUUCUAUUCACUUCAAACAUCAAUUUGACGAAACCACGAACUUCUCUGACAUCCUGUUUUCUGAUUGGAUUUCACUUGGAUAUAGACCAGAGAGCAGAUUGGCUCUAACAGACUUUAUAAAAGAAAGACUAAAUGUAUUCAGUGAAGAAGAAUUGAAUACCGAGCUUAUUCUCCACAAUGACAUGGUGGAUCAUAUGUUGAGGAUAGACCGAGCGCUUAAACAAGUUCAAGGGCAUUGUAUUUUGGUAGGACCGAGCCGCAGCUGCAAAGCAACGCUAACGAGAUUUGUAUCGUGGAUGAAUGGCUUGCAGGUGGUUCAACUCAAUAUUCAUCGCAAGUUCAACCUGGAUGAUUUUGAUGCCUUUCUGAGGCGCACGUUACUGAAAUGUGCUGUAGAUAAUCAAGGAAUUUGUCUAUUGAUAGAUGAAUCCAAUAUCCUCGAGUCUGCGUUUUUGGAGCGUAUGAAUACCCUGUUAGCAAACUCAGAUAUUCCUGGUCUUUUUGAAUCCGAUGAUCACGAUGAUUUGAUUUUAAAAAUCUCACGAAAAGUGAAUCAGCUUGGUCUCCUGAUUGACUCCGAGCAAGAAAUGUAUGCUUGGUUUAUUCAACAGAUUUCGAAAAAUUUACACGUUGUUUUCACGAUUAAUGAUCCCAAUCAAGAGCGUAGCGGAUACGUACUUAAAUCACCUGCACUUUUCAAUAGGUGCAUAUUGAACUGGAUGGGGGAAUGGUCAGUGGAGGCUUUGAUUACAAUUGCCACUAAAAUGUUGGAAUGGACGCCAAUUGAUGAAGGCGUGUAUGAAUCACCAAACACAUUAAAAGAUUCAGCUUUAUUUAAGAAGCCUGAGACUUUUAAACAGGCAGUAAUUAAUGUAAUUGUCACUCUUCAUAAAGAUUAUGAGAAAUACAUUGGUGACUCUACUCCUGGUCUAUUUAUUGACACCAUCAAGUCUUUCCAAGAGUUAUUUGCCAAGGAAGUAGAAAGCUUGGAACAGCGACAACGGUUUACGGGUGUUGGGUUGGAUAAUCUCAGGGAAACUGUUUUCAAGAUCAAGCGACUAAGUGAAAUUCUUGAACAAAAACAAGCAGAAUUAAAAGAGAAAGAGUUGGAAGCAAGAAAAAUGCUGGAUACUAUGCUGGUCGACCAAAACGAGGCAGAAAGGAAACAGGAAGCAUCUAUCGAAAUUCGUAAAAUUCUCGAAAGUCAAGAAAAGGAAAUACGUGACCGGAGGUCCCUACUAAUUGCAGAUCUAGCUACCACGGAGCCCGAAAUACAAGCUGCCCAAAGAGGCGUCAAAGACAUCAAAAAGCAGCAAUUAACUGAGCUUAGGUCCAUGUCGAAUCCUCCGAAUGCGGUCAAGGUAACAUUAGAAGCAGUGUGCAUAAUUCUUGGUUAUCGCGUUCGAGAUUGGAAGGAUAUUCAACUUUUCAUUCGAAAAGACGAUUUCAUAACUAGCAUCGUGAAUUACAACACAGAGGAGAUGAUGACCACCAAAACGAGAGACUAUAUUGAACGUGAAUAUUUGUGUCGAACUGAUUUCAAUUAUUCUAGCGUAAACCAUGCAAGUAAAGCAUGUGGGCCUCUUUAUCGCUGGAUAGUGGCACAAGUCAAAUUUUCAUCAAUGCUAAUAAAAGUCGAGCCCUUGAAAAAUGAGGUCGCAGCUAUCGAGAAUGAAAUUCUACAAACCCGGGCUAGACUUCUUGCAGCAGAAGAUAUGAUAUCUGAUUAUAACGUGAUGAUAGAAAAAUCCAAAAAUGAGUAUAGCAAAAUUAUUCGGGACAUUGAACAAAUCAAAUCAGAACUUAAAUCGGUGGAAUUGAAGGUAAAUCGUUCAAAGAAUCUUUUAACUAGCUUAACUUCGGAAAAACAACGAUGGAUGAAUAGCACUAAAAGCUUCAUUACUGCAGGCAAAAACUUAGUGGGCAAUUGUAUACUGGCUGGAUUUUACGCCACACACUGCGGUUUCCACGAUCAGAAAUCACGUUUUGCUCUUUUGAAAAAUUGGAGGAUGGCUUUAAGCAAUUACAACAUAAGUUAUGAUACGAACUUCAACUUUUGCGGAGAAAUGGUAAACGCUUUCGAACGUACAAAAUGGGUUUCAUAUGGGCUGCCUAAUGAAGAGUUAUAUAUUGAGAACUUUUACUUAUUACAGCAUGGACUUCAUUACCCUUUCAUUAUUGAUCCUCUUUGCAAAGUCAUAGAAGUUCUCCAAAAUAUUCCUUCUUUAAAAUUGACUGUCACUAGUUUUUUGGACGAAGGCUUUAUUAAAAAGGUACAGAAUACGCUUAGGUUUGGUGGAUAUCUGCUCUUAGAGGACGGCGAGUUUUUUGAUCCAAUUCUAUCCAAGGUGGUGGCAAAAGAAUUUAAAAUUGCAGGUGGCCGUCAAACUGUCCAGCUAGGUGACAAUGAAGUAGACGUUUCUCCAGACUUUUUCCUGAUCAUUCAUACAAAGGAUCAAAACUACGAAAUCCCACCGUACCUCAAAGCUCGAACAACUGUAAUUAAUUUUUCGAUCAACAAAGGAAGUAUCGAGUCUCAAGCUCUAAAAAUUGCAUUAUGUAAGGAAAAACCUGAUAUUCACAACAAGCGUCAAGAACUCAUCAAGCUUAAUAGUGAAUACAACAUUCGUUUACACCAAUUGCAGACGCAACUUUUGGAAAUUUUGAAUGGUAACGAUGCGGAUAUUUUAGAAAACGAUGUUCUUGUGAGUACCCUAGAAGAACUUAAAGCUCAGUCUGCAGAAAUCGAAGCGCGGAUAAAGGAUACCACUGGAGUUAUCGAAGAAGUUGAGAAUAUUGUAAGCGAAUACAGCUCACUGGGCGAACACGCUGUUACGCUUUAUUCGGUAUUAGAAAAGAUGUCCUCAAUUCAUUGGUCAUAUAGCAUUACGGUAUCUCAUUUCAUGCAAUGUUUCCAAAAAAUCUUUGAAUAUGAUUUAAGUGCAGAGGGAAAUACGAGCAGAGUUGAACAUUUAGUCCUUCUCUUGUACCAACAGACAUUUGCAAUGUUUUCACCAAAUUUUGUGAGCAACGACAAAAUGGUUUUUGCUACUUUACUUUAUGCUGUCUAUUACAUAUCUCGAGAAAGUCAAACCUUUCAAGCAGCAUUCACAAAGGCGCUUCUCUUGAUAAAAGAAGGUUCAAACAGGGUUGACAAAGUUCUAGAAAUUUUGAGAGUAAGAGAUAUAGAAGAGAUUGCUUCAAUCUACACAGACUUCCAAAAUUUGAUCUAUCACAUAGACAAGGGCAACCAGCUCAUUGGGUUUGCAAAAUUGGCUGAGUUUUUGAAUGGUACGAAGUGUUAUUCAUUAAACGACUACGUCUCGAGCUCCAAUUCAACUCAUAUUAUAGUUGCUUCUGAACCCGGCUCAGACAGCACGUAUCGAAUUCAAAGUCUAGCAUCAAAAUUCUCUAAAAAUAUCACUUCAAUUGCUCUAGGGUCUACGGAGAGCACAUCAAUGGCGGAGACGGAGAUAUCACGUUGUAGUGAAGUAGGAGAGUGGAUAAUUUUGCAGAACUUGCAAAUGUCAAUGCACUGGAUAAAAUCGGUGCUACCAAACCGCUUAGAAGUGUUAGCAAGUGAUAAGCGCACAUCUGUAAACUUUAGAGUUUUCAUGACGUGCGAUUUGCAUGGCACACCUCUGCCCCAACCUUUACUACAAACAAGCUACAAGGUGGUUCACGAGAAAGAAAAUAACGUGAUACGUACCGCUAUAGAGGUAUGGCAAAUUGCUGCAAAUGUUACCACCUCGUGGACCUCCACCCAAGUUCAUUUUGCAUUUUUGCUCACCUGGUUUCAUGCAUUGCUAGUAGAGCGGUGUAGAUUUUAUCCUGUGGGAAUGCACGAAAAAUACGAAUUUAAUGAUUCAGAUUUCAGUGCUGCGUUGGCGUAUUUUAAUAUGAUAUACGCUUCAGUGACACAUCAGCGACAUACCAUUGACCCCGCGAAAAUUCCGUGGGAGAUCAUUCGAUACAACAUUGCCACAAUCAUCUAUGGAGGGAAAAUCAGUGAUGAACAUGACCUUUUGGAAUGUAAUGCACUGGCCUGUCGUUUAUUUCGAGAAGAGACACUUCAUGGUGCCUUCGAAAUUGUUCCAGGCAUUGUUGCACCUCAGGAUGAUUUUAGUUGGAGAAGUGUUCAAGAAUGGUUUCUCAAAUGCCCUAUUCCUGAUAGCUAUACAAGCUGGGUUGGUUUACCAUUGGAAAUUGAGAAGGAGCAUCAACUUAUUCAAGCAAAACGAAUUGCUGGCCUUGUGAUUGAUAUGUUAGGAAAUUUUUAA